AUGAAACAGUAUCCAUCAAAUAGCAAAGAGGUUGCUAUCAUCGGCGCAGGCUUGGUUGGUUGUCUAGCUGCUUUGAAUCUCGCUAAACUUGGCUACCUGGUAACCAUCUUUGAGUACAGAAGUGAUCCAAGAACCAUUCAAGACCACCAAAAUCUCAGAUCCAUUAAUCUAGCCAUUUCUGAACGAGGUAUCGCAGCUUUGCAAAAUAUUGAUCUUGAUCUAUCAAAAAGAAUAUUGGAUCAGAUUGUCCCAAUGAAAGGCAGAUUGAUCCAUUCUGCCCCAAAUAGCUCCAGGUCCAUCACCUACGCCCAAAACUACGGUGUGAACGGUAUUGAAUGCAUCAACUCAAUUGAUAGAAACCUAUUGAAUAUUAAAUUACUAAAUGAAAUCGACACUGUUCCAACUAUUUUUGCUCAAUUUAAUAGAAAACUAGUCAAUUUGAUUUUUCCAAACGAAGAUCAAAAUGACAACGCUAACCCAAUUUUAUAUUUUCAAUCCACAACUAAUCAGGACUCUUCCUCUCAAAACAAUAUUCUAAAACGUCAUGACAAUUUUAAUUUUUUGAUUGGUGCUGAUGGUUCAUAUAGUACAACAAGAUCCUUACUACAAAAACAUAUUAGAAUGGAUUUUAAACAAGAAUAUAUCGAUAUGGCUUAUUUAGAGUUGUUCAUUUCCUCAAACCCCACUCAUAAUACUGAUAGCAACUCUCGCUUUAAACUAGAUAAAAACUAUCUUCACAUUUGGCCGAGAGAGAAUUUCAUGCUAAUUGCUUUACCAAAUUAUGAUGGCUCUUUUACUUCGACUUUUUUCGCUCCAUGGCAUAUAAUGAACUCUUUAAACUCAAAUGAGGAGAUCAUUUCUUUUUUUCAAACAAAUUUUCCCGACGUUUUAAAUUCAAAUUUGAUUUCUCAAGAAUCCUUACUAAAUUUUUUCAAUUCAAAUCCAAAAUCUUCUUUGAUUUGCACAAUUUGUAACCCUUACAAUUAUAAAGGCAAAUGUUUAUUAAUUGGUGACGCUGCUCAUUCAAUGGUUCCCUUUUAUGGUCAAGGAAUGAAUUGUGGUUUUGAAGAUGUUAGAAUCCUAUCAAAUUUAAUAAUUAAAAAUCAAUUUGAUAUUCAUGAUGCCUUUGAAGAAUACACUGAGUCAAGGCAUCGCGAUUUGAUUUCCAUUCUACAAUUAGCUAAAGACAAUUAUAAAGAAAUGUCCUCCAAUGUUAAUUCUUCUAUUCAUUUAUUAUCUAAAAGAUUAGACAAUGGUUUAUCCAAAAUUUUAGGGGAUUACUGGUUGCCUCUUUAUACAAUGGUGAGUUUCCGAAGUGAUAUAUCCUAUUCCCAAGCAAUUAAAAUAAAUAAAAGACAAUACCGUAUCUUGUCUACUCUACAAUUAUCUUUAUUAUCCUUUUCUGUUUAUUUUGCCUUAAAAUAUUCAAAACCUUUAUUAAAUUUCUUUAAUAAGAAGUAA